UCACUUGAUGAUUUCAUGUGUACAGGAAACAAUGUGCCCAGCAGCAAGGACGGAGUUCUAUGGGCGGCCGGCGGGGAUGACUGCGGGACGGCACCAGACGAAACGGACACGCUGUCCGACCCCGGGGCUGGUGGGGACAAGCUGGAGGGGACGGACUCAGCUCAGGACGACACUCUUCACCUCCAGAGACGGGUGGGACUCUUCAGUGGGGUGGCUCUAAUUGUUGGAACCAUGAUCGGGUCUGGGAUAUUCGUGUCGCCAUCCGGCUUGCUGAUCCGAACUGGGUCUGUCGGGAUGAGUUUUGUCAUCUGGAUCGCGUGUGGCGUCCUGUCGCUGUUAGGUGCUCUGGCCUAUGCUGAGUUGGGUACUAUGAACACUAGCAGUGGAGCGGAGUAUGCAUACUUCAUGGAUGCGUUUGGACCACUUCCAGCGUUCCUCUUCUCCUGGGUCUCCACUCUGGUACUGAAACCCUCUCAAAUGGCCAUCAUCUGCCUCAGCUUUGCCAAGUAUGCUGUCGAAGCAUUUGUUACUGAGUGUGAGCCGCCUGAGACCGUUGUCAAACUGGUCUCAGUACUUGCCAUUUUGGUAAUAAUGUACAUCAACUGCUACAGUGUCAACCUAGCAACAGGAGUGAUGAAUGUGUUCACAGCAGCAAAGCUUGUGGCUAUCCUCAUUGUAAUUGUGGGAGGAUUGUGGAAAUUUCUAGAAGGUAACACCCAAAAUAUAGAACAGCCAUUUCAAGGCACAACAUCAUCAUUUGGGAACGUUGCAACAGCCUUUUACACUGGCCUUUGGGCAUACGACGGCUGGAAUAACCUAAACUAUGUCACAGAAGAAAUAAAAAAUCCAUCAAAGAACCUACCGCGGGCAAUAAUCAUCGGAAUCCCUCUGGUGACUGUUUGCUACGUGCUGAUAAACAUCUCCUACCUGGCCGUGAUGUCUCCCGCAGAGAUGGUAGAGUCAGAGGCAGUUGCCGUUACUUUUGGUAACCGUAUCCUGGGUGUAAUGGCAUGGCUGAUACCAUUAUCUGUUACAAUCUCUACUUUUGGCUCAGCCAAUGGAACACUUUUUGCUGCAGGAAGGUUAUGUUUUGCUGCCAGCCGAGAAGGUCACUUAAUGGGCAUUUUGUCAUUUGUCCAUAUCAGGCGGAUGACUCCUGCUCCCGGACUCAUAUUCCAUUCAAUAAUAGCAAUAGCCAUGGUCCUGUCAGGGACAAUAGACUCUCUGAUAGACUUCUUCAGUUUUACAGCUUGGAUCUUCUACGGAGGAGCAAUGCUGGCUCUUAUCGUCAUGAGAUUCACCAGGCCAAACUUUCCAAGGCCCUACAAGGUGCCAAUUAUCAUUCCUGUGUUGGUGCUGGUGAUCUCUACAUAUCUGAUUAUAGCCCCUAUAAUAGACACUCCCCAAGUGGAGUACCUCUACGCUUGUCUCUUCAUCGUUGCUGGACUUGUCUUCUAUGUUCCCUUCGUACACUACCAGUACAACCCUUCUCUCAUGGAGUGGCCGAAUGUUUUGCCUCCCACUGCCAGCUCCCCUGGGGCACGUGGCAGCUCAUCGUUGCGGUAAGUAAGACAGGGCUUUCAUCUAUCACCACAUAUUUUCAUUUUAAUUUGCUCUAUUUUAUUUUUCUUAUUAUUACAUGUAAAUUUUCAUAAAAUUUGUAGA